AUGAAGGGUCAUAUAUACCAAAAGAAGAACAAGGAAUUCGCUCAACAAAAGAGGACGACUCUCCCGCUAGAGCUCAUCAUCGAGAUACUUUCCCUACUACCCGUCAAGUCUCUGGUUCGUUUUUUGUACGUUUCGAAGUCAUGGUUCGCCCUCAUAAUCAACGACUCAUAUUUCAUCAAGUUGCAUCUCAAUCGCUCUAGAGAACGCACCCUCAUUUUAGUGGCCGACAAGCCACGUUAUUUUCACUUGGUCAACUUUUCCAUCGAUGAUCGGUUCGGCGAGGCCAUGAAGAUCAAACAGCCACUGCACCACUUAAAAUCCACGGAGAUUGUAGACUCUUGCAAUGGCCUGGUUUGCAUCAGAAACUAUGAUGUUGGCGUCGAUGAGUUUGUGAUAUGGAACCCAUUAAUCAGAAAAUACAAGAAAUUACCCUCUAUGCCUAGAGAAAAGGCUGAAAAGCUUAGUUCUGAUUACUUAGCAUUUGGAUACGACUGGGUCAACGACGACUACAAGGUUUUAAGGUUUUUGAACUUCCAUCAACAGGCUAGGCUUGAGUGUGUAGGGGAUGGAAGAAGAGUUUAUUCUCUUGACAUAUACAGUCUGAGAGAAAACUCUUGGAGAAUAGUGGAAGAAGAAUGGCCUAUUGAGGAACCGUAUUCUUUAUCGGGCCCGGCCAUUUUCUCUAACGGUGCUUUCCAUUGGGUGGCUACUCAUCGGACAACGGACUUAAAAAAGGAGCAUGUCGCAUUUGAUCUCAGCACUGAAAAAUUUCGAGUGCAUGCAUUUCCCGUUAAUUCUUUUAUCAGAGGACGUGUCUAUUUGGUGGACUUGGGAGGAUGGCUCUGUGCAGUUUUUCUGGAUAUAUGUGAAGUUUGGAUGAUGAAGGAGUACGGGGUAAGCAGUAGUUGGACACUGCUUUAUUGGGUGCAACCAGCUUUUUCCAACUUGCCACCCUUAGUGUUCUCGCAUGAAGGCAAAGAGGUUCUUACGGCAGAACUUGUAGAUAAUAAAUGCGUGGAACUCUAUUGGUAUGACAUAAAAAACAAGACACGCAGGAUUGUUGAGAUUCAGAAUAUGCCCAACGGUCUCUUUCUACCAUACACUUGUGUGGGAAGCACAGUCCUUCUUCUCGAUGCUACUAGCGACAAUUAUCUUCAAUAA